UGUUAUCUGUUUUUUAUAACUUCAGUUGUUGUGCAUUUGAAUUCAUUAGCACUGCAGUACCUUUAAGGCCAGAGCACUAUAGUAAUUAAACCUUGGGGUUUUAAAAUGGAAUGGGAUGACCACAAAGGAUGUAAUUCUAACCAUCAUUAUGCUUGUAAAGUGAUAAUUGCUGGACGGGAAUCACUUUACACAAAGUGAGUCGCAAAUGGCACCAUAAAACAUCAGGGGAAACCAAAAAUGAAUUAUCCCUGUGAGUAGCCUCUGUGUAGAGCAAAAACAGGAAUUAGUGGAUAUGGCAGCCAAUAGCAGCUAGGGAGCAGGCUACAUAUAUUGAAGCUGAGCAGAGGUGUGUUCACAGUCAGCAGCUUGGAAGAGCAGCUCCUCAAGAACCAUUCACCUUGUCCACUAUUGCGAAGAGCACCUUCACUUACAAUGAGAGCCGUAAUCCUGUGUGUGCUGCUGCUGGCAGUGCUGUCUGCAAGCACUGAAGUCCAAGGUGAUAUGAAGGUGGUGAAGCUGUGCGGUAGGGAGUUUAUCAGGGCUGUUAUCUACACCUGUGGAGGCUCUAGGUGGAGAAGACUUCUGGAUGAACAAGAGUUGACAGGUGUGGGUAGUGAGGCUCUGUUUCCAUCUGGCAAUGGAAUUCCGGAGUGCAGUGACCCCCAGGCUUACAACUCCCAGAGGCAGGGAACAGACAGCGAGGAACCCCUGAACUACAGAACACGGGCUGAGGGGGAGCUUUCCCCCAGAGCCAGGAGGGACCUGAACCAGCUUCUCACCACAGCCUGUUGCCAAUGGGGCUGCAACAAGAAAGACUUGAGCUCUCUCUGCUAAGCCAGGAUUUCUGUAUUCACAGCAACCCCAGCUACAGUAUUUCAAGUUUAAACCCAGUACUGUAAUGCCUAAAGCAGAGUAUUUUAUCUGAUCACUAUAUGAUACUAAAUUCCUAAUUAAUACAGUGUACUAAUCAUACUGGGGGUCUAUUGUAAUGAUCUAAGAGUGGUGGAUGUAAAUACACCUGGGGUGAUUGACCCACUUCAUACCAUAAAAAUACAGUGAAAUGAUGUCAGUGAAAAUUCUGAAUUAUACAUUUUAAGGUGGCAGUAUUAACAUUUGCCACCUUUUAGUUAAUCAAAAUAGACCUCAAUGUCAUCUUCUCUGGUACAUUUUCACUUUGAUGAAUACAUAAACAACACUGUAUAUCUUUCAUCUAUAAUUUCACACUCAUAGCAAAGGGAAAACUAAGACAUGCUUCCCUCCACUUGAGUCUUCAUUGGUGUAUGACUAAUCAAUGCAAGAUCUCUGUUAUUAAGAGAACUCUAGUUUUACUGUGUUUCCUUUGGCAUCAUAGUUGGCUAAUGUGUGUAGUAGAGUAAUACUAAAGAAAUCCUGACAUCUGCACAGGACAAAAAAAAAACAUUUCUAAUUUAAUUUCUGCAUCUGCCUCCCAAUCUUAAACAAUCUUAACGUAUCAUAGAUGUGUGACCUAAGAUGUAUAAAAAAAAAAAAGUGAAAUUCUCAUGGUUGUUGUAAACAGAGCUAUCAAACCUGCUACAAAAAAAUGUAUUUCUAUUGUGAAUGACUAAUAAAGAUGAUUGCAUAUCCUUCA